AAGGAAAUGAGAAGACAGCCGGUGUUAAAACCCAAGCUCCAGCCGCCUCCGCUGCCCAUGAAGAGGACCCGCCUCCCGCAGGCCAAGAACACGGACUCAGAGGACGGGGAAAGCAUCUGUGCCGAAGGAGGUCGAUCAGGUGUGGCAGAUGUGUUCCGAGAACCAUAAACAGGAUCUGUUGGUCACAUGACUACUUUAAUAUUUGAUGCGUGUGUGUGUGUUUCAGCCCUCAAUAUGUUCCACACAUAUUGAGGACUGACAAUAAAUGUACCAUCCCAAACUUGCAUUGUGUCAAGUCCCAUCGUUUUUAACAAGGAAUUUAGCCAUCUAGUAUCGUCAUCAAAAUAGCAACAUGACACCGUCGGUCAUAUUUUUGUGCGCUGUUGUUUGAUUUCAACGUAAACGGUUCUCUUUGUUUCCCGACGUAUGAAACAAUAUCAGUUCCCUUUUUUUUUUUUUUUUUUUUUAAUUCCCCGAAGCUGGAAGAUGUAACCCAGUGCAAGAUCCCCUUUGCCAAUUACAAAUACACAUUUUACAGACUUACUGUGUCAUGUCAAAAGAAAAAACAAACAUUUCAUGUAGCCCUUUUUUAUUUUAUUUUUUUGGGCCAUGUUGUGGCCAAACAUAUUGCCCAUGCCAGAAACUGCCACGGACUAUACACUAUGGUUUGCAUAUUGCUUAAGUGGCUUACAGCAGAGGUGUCCAAAAGUCGGGGCUGCAUAGUUUUUAUUUGCUCGCCGCAUAUUCUGAUAAUAAAAUUAAACACUGCCCUCAUCAAGAGUUUAUGAGAUAAAAUGUCCAAGUGAUGAGACAAAAAAAAAAACAUUCAACGUUGCAAGAUAUCGCCCAUGCACAAGUACUAACCUUGUAUUUUGCCUUGUCAGCGAUAACACCAAGCUGAGAUGUGGCCCCGAGUAGAAAAACCACCGACAUCCUUGGCUGACUGCACUGCAUUAGCUAAAUCAAUAAAUGUUUCUAUAUAUUGGUAUAAAACUGCAAACGCGAUAAUGUAUUACACAGAAGCCACGCAACUCUAAAUUCCCAUUUUCUUGACCCCACAAAAAUCAAUUGGUUAAUAAUUUAGGUGUGUUAUAGUGGGGGUUCACUUAAGUAAACAAAUGGAAUCUAAAACCCCACUCUCACCAGUUUCCAUUUAUUUGGCCGUAUUGGAUUUUAGCACAGCGGCUCUGCAAACGCUGCAUCAAUAUUUGAAGACGCCACUUAGGCUCUGUGCUGUGUUUGCAAAGAGAACGGCUGACUCGACAGUCGAAAGUGGAGCGCGGGGUACCUGUGAGUGACCCUAAGCGGAAGGGUUUCAUGUUGCCUCUCGCAGACCCCGACGGGAAAGAGGUGGAGACCCAGUCCGUCAGCGGAGAACCAGAGGACGAGGAUCAUCCGGAUAGGGGUCCCGGCACCUGCUGCGACCCGAGCUGCUGCUGCGUGUGCCACCUCCGGCGACCCGGCAUGAAGCUGGUGUGGGUGCCGCUGCAAGGGGAGGACGGCGCCGAGGUCUUUGAGGAAGAAGGCUCCGACUUGGCCUGUUCGGCGGACGGCGAGACGGCCGACAGGCGUGUGGAGGUAGAAGAAGAGGUACACGAGGGGAGCAGCAAGGUGGAUGACGAAGAGGUCACGCGCUACUAUGCUAAUGAGGAGGCGAAGCUAGAAAAGGUCUCCCCUCUUCCCCCCAAAGAGAAUACAUUUGUGCCGGUUAUCCACAAAUCCACCGAGGAAGAAGAAGAUAUUUAUGAGUCCAUAAUCCCCACGGUUGAUCCCAAUCACAAUAAGAAAGCUGCUCAGGAGGCGGACAUUCCUCAGGUCAGGGUGCCCACGCCGGCUCGCCGGGUUAAGCCUCCAGAGAUCCAGUGGGAUGCCAGUUCAGAGUCCGAGGUUGAUGAGGUGCCGCCCGCCAUCCCGCCCCGCAUGCCCAUGACUCAGGACACUCGCAGCCUCGCGCCCCAGGCCACGGCGGAGGCCGUCUCUCGGCCGCCGGCCAGCCCCCUUUUGCCUAGCAGAUCCCCGAUGGCAAAGACGGAUUUGAACAGGGACAACAAUCACACCUUUGCGCAGAAAAAGGAAGGAGAGAACAAUGAAGCAGGGAAAGAGGAUUCAACGGAAGAACCGUCUCUGACCAAGCCGACAGAACUUUACAACAGUUGGAAGUCCCGGCUGCAAAACGAGCCUUUGUACCAGACCUACCGGGCCACUGUCAUAACCAAAGAGAUCUGCCGGCAGACGGUUUGCCGGAACAUCAGCAUGACGGCCACGGACUACGCCGUAGACUUGCCGACCCGGAACGAGUGCACCUUGUGGCAGAACCUCCCCGCGGUGCGGAACAGUGGCGUCCUGGAGCGGCUCACACCCGAACAGUGCAAAUAUCAGGAGACUAUGUUCGAGGUUCUGACGUCAGAGACCUCCUACCUCCGUUCGCUACAUGUUCUGACGGAACACUUCCUGGACAAUCGGGAGCUGGAAAGGACGCUGGUCAUCAGGGACAAGAGACCCCUCUUUUCCAACAUUCUGAGGAUCCUCGAGGUCAGCGAGAGGUUCCUGAAGGACCUGGAGGACCGUGUGUUUGAAAACAUUGUGUUCGCCGACAUCUGCGACAUAAUCCACUAUCACUCCCAGCACAACUUCCCAGCCUACAUCGACUACGUCCGCAACCAGAUCUUCCAGGAGAAGACCUACACCUUGCUCAUGAAGGAGAACACGCAGUUUGCCGCCGUCAUCAAUCGCCUUCAAGAGUCACCUCAGUGCCAACGGUUGCCGUUCAUGUCCUUCCUGCUGCUGCCUUUCCAGCGGAUAACGCGCAUCAAAAUGCUCAUUGAGAACAUCCUGAAGAGAACAAAAGAGGGGACCAAAGAGGAGCAGAUUGCCUCCAAGGCGUUAGCCUCCGUGUCGAAGAUCAUCGACGAGUGUAACACGGAGGUGGGGAAGAUGAGACAGAUGGAGGAGUUGAUCCACAUCUCCCAAACUCUCGAGUUUGACAAGCUCAAGGCCAUCCCCAUCAUUUGCCAGACUCGAUUCCUGGAGAAGAAGGGAGAGCUCCAGGAAAUGUCCAAAGGAGCAACUGUCUUCCAAAUGAGAGUCAAGUUCAAUCCCAUCUACGUUUUUCUCUUUAACGACCUGCUCAUCAUUACCACGAGCACCGUCAAGAAGGGCUCGGAGCGCUUCGUGGUGCUGGACUACGCCCACCGCUCCCUGGUGCAGGUUCAGCCCCUGGAGGACGAGAGGAACAGCGGGCCGUACGAGAACUGCUUCACACUCAUCCUGCUGGAGAACCACAACGGGCGCAUGAUGGAGCGCCUCAUCAAAGCCCCCUCCAAGCCAGACAUGCACAGGUGGAUGGGAGCCUUCCCCAGCAAAGAGGAAGAUGAUGUGGUCUACGACGCCUGGGACUGUCCUCAAGUCCAAUGCGUGGAGCAGUACGUGGCCCAACAGGCCGACGAGCUCAACCUGGAGCCCACUGAGAUCGUCAACGUCAUACGAAAAACAAACGAGGGCUGGUACGAGGGCAUCCGCCUGUCGGACGGCCAGAAGGGCUGGUUCCCCGUCAGCAACAUCAUCGAGAUCACCAACGAGCACUUGAGGCGGCGCAACCUGAAGGAGCGCUAUCGAGUCGCCCAGGCCGCCAGCCAGGUCACGACCGUCAAGAAACUUUAAUCAGGAUGCCCACAUUGACAUUUUCCCGGCCACGUUUCAUCAUGCACGUAAACUCGUGAUAAAAUGGACGAUUAUUUAUACUACUUGAGUCUUUUAAAACUGAAAUGGAAUGUACACAAUCCAACACAAUGCUGUAAAGUGGAUAUUUUUAAUGUGUGCGCGCAGUAAUUAUAAAAGUGUCAAACAACAAUAACAAGCAGAACGGUUGUUUGGGUACUCAAGGUUGUUUCUGUUAGUUCCCCAAGAGACAGGAAGACGUACGUGCUCGGCGUCAGGGACGUCGCUCAUGCGUGGAUGGCGGCGGGAUCGGUAGCAGGUAUUCCUCAUAAUGCUCCACGGCGUCUAUUUGCCUGAACUCCUUCCAUCCCGCACCACUCGGAGGCGCAGCUGGCGCGCCGGGCGUCCCCUCGUCCGUCGGACCGAAGCCACCCCGGGCCACCUUCGAUUUAGUCAAUUCUCGUUCAUUCCCGUGGAAAGUUUCCAAAACGAUAUUUCGCAACUUUACCUGAGAGUCUUUCGGCCCUUGGUAGCGCAGUUUGAGGAGACAAGUGAUCGCCUGGUCCUCCUCCGGGCUCAGCUGGAGGACCGUCCGCACACCGUCGCGGGACAUCUGCGUGGGGCCGCCCAGGUCCCUGAACGCGUGCGGCCCACGCCGGAAGGGGUCCGCUUGAUUGGGAGGAGCGGGGCUUGUGCACAUGAGCGGCGGGGGAGUGUUGAGCCGGAAGCGACUCGAUGCCGGCUAGAGCGAAAUCGAGAAUGUGUCGGAAAUUACGACGGCAAAUUUGUACAUUCGGUUGUUGUGCUCAACGGCCACAUUUGAGUUUCAAAAUUCAUAGGCCAGGUUUUUUUUUUUAAUACAGUUAAUACAAUAAUUCAUUCAGUUCUAACAUGUACUGUAUAUGUAAAAAAAGAUAUUAAGCAAAAUGGAUUUACAUCUGCACUAACAUUUAAUAUUUGUUUUUUACACUGAAUACAAUAAAAUAUUUUGUGUAUAUAAAUGUAACAUUUCUUAAACACUGAAUAUAUCAACCACCAAUUUAAUGUAUCGACUGUAGUAAAAGCACAACUUAAACUAUUAUACAAUCUUUUUUGAAUGUGUACGUAAAGAUGUAAACAGUUUUGCUUACACAAAAUCAAUUAAUACAUUGUCUUCAAUGUAUUUAUUUUUUUAAACUUUGUGAUACCGUACAAUGUAUUUGAGAUGAAAAAAAAAUACGUUUUAACUAAUAAAUUCUCGGGAGAGAAAAACAAU